AUGACGGAUGAAAUGGAGCUUACGCCGCAGUCGCCACGUGGAACAAAGAGGAAAGGCGAUGAUAGUCUUCCACUUCCUGCUCCACGCAGGAUCAAGGCGCUUUCGCAAGACGUCGUUAACAAAAUCGCAGCCGGAGAGAUCAUUGUCGCGCCGGUGAACGCGUUGAAAGAGUUGAUUGAGAAUGCUGUGGACGCAGGAUCAACAGCAUUGGAAGUUCUGGUCAAAGAUGGCGGUCUCAAGUUGCUACAGAUUACUGACAAUGGACACGGCAUCGAUAAAGAGGACUUGCCAAUAUUGUGCGAACGCUUCACGACUUCCAAACUCAAAGCCUUCGAAGAUCUGACCUCCAUUGGCACGUAUGGCUUUCGUGGCGAGGCGCUGGCGAGCAUUAGCCACAUUGCUCAUCUCAAAGUCACUACGAGGACGAAAGAGUCAAGUUGUGCGUGGGAAGCUCACUUUGCCGAUGGCAAGCUUUCAAGCGCGAAGCCUGGCCAGAGCGCAGAGCCCAAGCCCAAGGCCGGCCGACAGGGCACAAUCAUCACGGUGGAAGACAUGUUCUACAAUGUUCCCUCACGGCGCCGAGCUUUCCGCUCCGCCAGCGAAGAGUAUGCAAAGAUUCUCGAGCUUGUCGGAAAGUAUGCUGUUCACUGCGCAGGUGUUGGUUUCUCCUGUAGGAAGGCGGGCGAAAACAGCGCAGGUGUAACAGUACCUGCUUCUGCUACUGUUAAAGAUCGAAUCCGGCAGAUCCAUGGCAGCGCUGUUGCGAACGAAUUGCUAUCCCUAAACGUCGAAGACGACCGCUGGGGCUUCAAGUGUAACGGUUGGGUCAGUAACGCAAACCACACGAUCAAACGGACGCAGAUGCUACUCUUCAUCAACCACCGAUCGGUAGAGUCAUCGGUGAUCAAAAAGAGUGUCGAGCAGACUUAUGCCACUUUCCUACCAAAAGGAGCACAUGCAUUCUUCUAUCUGAGUCUCGAAAUCGAGCCUCAACGAGUCGAUGUGAAUGUGCAUCCUACCAAGCGCGAGGUUCAUUUUCUGAAUGAAGACGAAAUCAUAGCUGUCAUAUGCGACUCAAUCCGCGAAAGCUUGAGCAAGGUGGACACAAGCCGAUCGUUCAUGACUCAGUCGUUGCUUUCAAAUCCCAAAGUCCCCUUCGCAACGCCCAUGAAACAGAUUAUACCUUCGGUUCCUGCGACAGCUGAUGCAUCUGAUCGCAGCGGCUCAAAGGCGCCGCAAACAGCGACCAAGAAACGAAAUGAUAAUCACCUUGUCCGCACAGAUGCCUCAGCACGCAAGAUUACGUCGAUGUUGCAGCCGCAGAAAUCAGUCGAAGAGAUUGCAAUGGAUGAAGAAGAAAUGGAAUACGAGCUCGCAGAAAAGGAACCAAUAGCUUGUCGUCUCACGUCCGUCAAAGACCUUCGCGCAGAGGUUCGAGAUGCCAUGCACAACGAGCUUACGGAUAUUAUCUCGACGCAUACAUUUGUUGGUAUUGUUGACGAGCAGAAGCGUAUAGCAGCCAUACAAGGCGGCGUCAAGCUAUUUCUCGUCGACUAUGGCAUGCUCUGCAACGAGUAUUUCUACCAAGUUGGUCUCACAGAUUUUGCCAAUUACGGAUCAAUCCGCUUCAAUCCGCCUUUAUCACUACAUGACCUGCUCAAGGUUGCCGCAGAACAAGAGAAGACCAAUGCAGGCGACGCGGCGGACGAGGUAGACUGGGAUGAGGUUGUCGAGGUUGUCAAGGAGCAGUUGAUCAGUAAGGCAGCGCUGCUAGGCGAAUACUUCUCUAUGGAGAUCACCCCAGAAGGCGACCUUUGCUCUAUUCCGUUGCUGAUGAAGGACUACACUCCUUCUAUAGCCAAACUUCCUCAAUUCCUGCUACGUCUCGGACCACAUGUUAACUGGAAUGAGGAGAAGGGAUGCUUCCAAACAUUGCUGCGAGAGAUUGCGUCCUUCUACGUACCUGAAAGUCUGCCUCUGCCGCCAUCCGCACAGAAGAGCGAUGACAGCAAAGACAAGGGCACAGUUGCUGAUGAAGACAUCGAGAUUGCUAUAAGGCGGAAGAAGCUACUGCGGGCAAUCGAAUACACCAUAUUUCCGGCGUGUAAGGCUAGACUAGUGGGCACGAAAGGGCUACUCAAUGGGGGUGUGAUGGAGGUCGCAAACCUAAAAGGUCUAUACCGAAUCAACGCAGAAGAAGGCACAAAUGGACAUCCAGAAACGAAUCGUGGGAAAACGGCGCCCAAGGAAGCUGAGGAUGGCAAAGAGAAAUCGCAACAGUCUGACAUGCAACCCGUGGGGUUCUGGCAUCCCGAUCUUCGACAAGUUCGAAAUCGCGCUGUCGUAAAGUGGAUCAUCACGACGGCCUUCUUGAUGGCAUUCAUUUUGGCUGUGCUAUCGCUGUACUGGGCUGUGUUCUUCAAGGUCGAGAAUAGGUUAAGCCAUUUGCUGGUUUACGUUGUGGAUAUGGAUGGAGCGGCGCCUUAUGACAACACCGGGAACGCGCCCUUCGUUGGACCGACUAUCACGCAACUUGUACAACAGCAGUUGAGCAGCGGCCAGCCGACGCUGGGAUGGGGCGUCCGGCCUGGUUCAGACUUCAACAACGACCCGAUACAAGUCCGACAGGCAGUCUACAAUUGGGAUGCCUGGGCUGCUAUUAUCAUCAACCCUAACGCGAGCGCGCUAUUGUACUCCGCUAUCGCCAACGGCAACGCAAGUUACGAUCCUCUGGGAGCGUGUCAGUUGAUCUACCAAGAUGCGAGAGAUGAUACCAACUGGUUUGAUUUCAUGUUUCCCAUCAUCAGUCAGUUCAUGACCCAGGCACAAAGUAUGGUCGGACAGCAAUGGGCACAGAUGGCGAUGCAGCGUGCGAGCGAUCCAGCAGUGCUUUCAAAUAUCCAAAACGCGCCCCAAGCCAUCAACCCAGCGAUUGGCUUCUCCGAGUUCAACCUGCGGCCUUUCUAUCCGUACACUGGUAUCCCUGCCGUAUCCAUCGGACUCAUUUAUCUUAUCAUUAUAUCGUUCUUUAGCUUCUCCUUCUAUAUGCCCAUUCACAUGCAAUACCUCAAGCCCGAAAACCACCCACCGCUCAAGUUUCCCCAGCUCAUCAUCUGGCGCUGGUGCGCUACGAUAUCCGCCUACUUUAUGCUCUCCCUUGCCUACUCAUUUGUCUCGAUGGCUUUCCAGAUCAACUUCUGGCACACAAACUCCAUCACCAGCGAAACACAAGUCACAAACAUGAUGGAGGGUAACCCAGUCGCUUAUGGAAGUGGAACCUUUGUGGUAUACUGGAUGCUCAACUUCUUUGGCAUGAUUGCGCUGGGAUUGGCGUGUGAGAAUGUGGCAAUGGUAGUGGGUAUGCCGUGGAUGGGUCUGUUCUUGAUCUUCUGGGUCAUCACCAACGUGUCCACUUCUUUCUACGACAUUGAGAUUGCGCCUGGAUUUUACCGAUGGGGAUAUGCUUGGCCUCUACAUUCGAUUGUCGAAGGGAGUCGGUCGAUAUUGUUCGAUUUACACUCAAGAAUAGGUCUGGACUUUGGUAUUCUAAUCGCCUGGGGUGCUGUAAAUACGCUGUUCUUCCCGCUCUGUUGUUGGUUCAUGAGAUGGAAGACACAGCAUAACAUCCAUGAGUACUGGCCUCUGGACUAA